UAUUUAGAGAUUAUUAAAUUGGUUUACGCAGUGAAUUCGUAUACAGCGCCAUCAACGCGUGAUAAGAUGAAUCGCGAGAAGCGGUUGCGAGGACUGUAACUCACAUUUACGUGUGGAAAUUUAAUUAACACUACGUUACAGUAUCUCUUUGGGGUUGCAACAUAGAUCCCAAGCAGAUUUUUGAAGUCGGCUUUAAAGCCGAUUAUCACGAAACACAAAAGUGCUACGAAAAUAAGAUUAAAAAUCGAUUUCGAGGUUUCUAGAAGAAAAGGCUACCAUAGAGGCGGACAAUCUGCCACACUUUGCGGGGUGACGCGGGGAUAUUUUCAGAUAAUCAGAUAUUUCAUCAAACAUGGCUGCGCUACCAAGGAGAAUUAUUAAAGAAACACAAAGAUUAAUGCAAGAACCAGUUCCUGGUAUCAGUGCUGUGCCAGAUGAUACAAAUGCUAGGUAUUUUCAUGUAAUUGUAACUGGACCUGAAGAUUCGCCAUUUGAAGGUGGACUUUUUAAACUUGAAUUGUUCCUACCAGAAGACUAUCCAAUGUCUGCUCCUAAAGUUAGAUUCAUUACAAAAAUUUAUCAUCCAAAUAUAGACAGACUGGGCAGGAUUUGCUUGGAUAUCCUUAAAGACAAAUGGAGUCCUGCUCUUCAAAUCAGAACAGUUUUACUAUCAAUACAAGCACUUUUAAGUGCACCAAAUCCAGAUGAUCCUUUGGCAAAUGAUGUAGCUGAACUUUGGAAAGUAAAUGAAAGCGAAGCAAUACGUAAUGCCAAAGAAUGGACUCGGAGAUAUGCUAUGGACAACUGAUCUUAGAUCAUCCAUGAUGCAAAGUGAUGUUACCCCUUUCUUUCCGAGUUUACCGAUCACUUUACUCGCACCAGCUGAGUACCCUGCACCUGUGUCCACAAUUUUGCUAUAAAAAUAAUAAAAGUUUUGUAAGAGUAAACAGAAUGAAACUGUAUUUUCUAUAUUGUGGGGAAUACAAAGAUGUCGUGUUUAGAUUUCUUCAACGGUUUGUGAAGCAGAUUUGUCAAGAAUCUUCUAACAUUGAACAACAUCAAUCGUAAGAAGAUUCCUAUUUCAAAAGAAAAAGGUAUAAUUUUAAUGGAUUACUAGUUUUUACUUAAAAAUAUACCUUUGUAGUAAAAAUAAGUGAAUGUAGUAUGUUGCGUCAACAUUUUUUUAAAAUAUUACAGAAUGGCUUGUGCAAUCAGUAA